AUGGAAUCCCUAUCUUCAAAUCAAUCACUCUGGAUUUUCGGCUACGGAAGUCUCAUCUGGAAUCCUGGAUUCGCCUUCUCCACGUCUCGAAAAGCCUAUGCAAUUGGAUGGGCUCGUCGUAUGUACCAAGGAAAUACGUACCAUCGUGGUGACGAGAAAUUGCCUGGACGCGUCGCCACCCUCAUCGAAGAGUCCAACUCGUUUACGAACGGAGUUGUGUUCCGGGUUGAUGGAAAGACGGCAAUCGCCACUGCUGUCAAGUAUCUUGAGCAGAGAGAGAUUGACAAUGGCUAUUCAUUCCGAAUGGUUCCAGUUCAAAUCGACUCCAUCCAUCAUCGUCGUCGUCCUACUGUAGUUAUGGCAUUGACUUGCGUCGCCGAUAAGCAGAACGAGCUGUACCUCGGACCGGAUGAUCUCAUCAAAAUGGCACGCGAAAUUGUGACUGCCAAAGGAUGCGCCGGACCGAAUUGCGAAUACGUGUUGAAUCUGGCCGAAAACCUGCGAAAACUCUUCCCCAAUGAUGAAGACGACCACCUUUUCCAGCUUGAACAACACGUCAGAAUGGCCAAAGUUCGGGCCUAA